AUGCUCACAGAUUCAAAAACAAUUUUACAAUUUACCUUAGAUAUUCACUAGAUGGCAUUAUUGUUAUCAUAAAAUGAGCUUUUUCACCUACUAUAUACCUAUGUACAUAUACAUAGACAUAACUGUAUUUUCUAUGUUCUAUACACCUACGCAACUAAAAAAAUAUUUUUUAAUGAUGUUAAAUUUACAUAGAAAUAGGGAAUGUCAAUUGUGCGUAAACGAUAACAGCGACACGUAACGCUGCGCUUUGUGGACAUGUGCAAAAUAUUAAAAAUACCCAACUGAUAGAAUAGAAAACAAUUUAUAGACAUACAAAAUGUAUUACAGUAAAUGGUGAUAUGGGUUUUCAAUAAGGCAACUGAAGAUUACCUAUGUUAGUUUUUUAUUACUGACAAAACUUUUAGCAACUAUUGUUUAAAAAAAUCCGCUUCGUUAACUUAGUCUGCGCAACAGGAAUUUACCUACCUGCUCGACGAUGUCCGAAUGCGGUUUGACCAGUUUUCUUGCUCACACUCGUAGUGUCUUGCGAAUUCCCUCCCACUAUCACAAACCAGUCUAUCGCUGUACCGGUCACAUAAUAACCGUUUACAAAACGGGCCACAUUUAAUUCGUACUCAGGAUAAAAAAAUAUCUUUAUAAAAUCUAUAUUUCUUUUAAUCAAGAUGUUGCUUGUGGUUUGAGAAUAAUACGCCUGUUUUAGAAUUUUCUGUGUUCUUUAGUGUUGUGAGUAAUAAUUAGAGGUCGUACCCUAUAUGGAAUGCUUUAUAAUACAUUUAUUAUAGAUAAUAUGGAGUCUUUACCAAAGCAGUUUGUAGCAGCUAUGAGAACAUUGUUUGAUAUAAUGGAUGAUAAACACACGGGUUAUGUUAAACUAACAGACAUUGAAAACCGCUGGCGUGAUGAUCGCACGAAAGGACUUCCUCGAGGUGUAAUUGAAAGUUUACAAAAAGUUGCUUCUCAUGAUGGACUAUUAACAUUCGACAGGUUUUGUACGGGUUUAAAAAUUUGCCUUCUACGUAAUCAAGUCGACAAUACAACUAGUAAAGUGGAUCAGCAUGAAGCAGACAUAAAAAACUCUGAUUUAGUAAUGGCAAUAAAUACUCAAUCACAGCCUUCUUCGACAAAUUUAUUAGAAGACGAUGAGGUUAACUUACAUAGAAGUUGGAAUGUUAUGAAAAAUGCAGAGACCAUGUCACAGUAUAAAGAUUCUAACAGCAUGGCUCAAUUAUUGACACGAAAAGAAACAAUAAUACAAGACUCUAGACAUCAUGCACCCAAUGGGAAACACGAUCAUGGCUUAAGACCUUUUGGCCCUCCAAAACCUCCAAGAAUUCAAAACCAAAUUGCAGACAGAAAAGAUACAAUUAGAUCAUAUAAGUCCGAGAUAGAAAAUGAAUUUGAAACUGAACAAACAACAACAAAUAAAUUAGAUUUUGAUGAAAUAUCUCGCGUAGUUGAGGAUCAAAGUCGGGAACUGGGAGAUGGACGAUCAUCUAAUGAAACACAAAUUCAAUUGCGAAGGCCAACGCGACGUAGAGAACCGCGUCGGCACACCCUACACAAUGGUGUUGAUUACAAUCUUCUUAAACGAAUGAAACAAAUUGAACAAGAAAAGGAUAUCUUAUUACAAGGGCUAUCUGCGAUCGAAGAAGCACGGGAAUGGUAUUUAAAACAAUUGACAGAAGUUCAAGAGAAGAUGCGUUACGCUGGCAGAAUGGGUGCUUAUGUGGAGCCUUGGAGUGAAGCACACCAAGAGCGGCUGGAACUACUGCGCGCAAGGGUCUUGGAAUUAAAUCGACAAUUAGGAGCGUUAGCGGCAGGCUGGAGACACGGUCCUCUCUCUCUGCAUAUGAAUUUGGCUUUGCCAGCUUCGUCCCUCUCCGGGACUCACGUCACGUCGAAUAAUGCUGCAGUACUCAGAUCCCAAAAUCGUAUGUUAGCAGAGGAAGUGAAUAAGAAGAAUGAAAGAAUAUCAGUUUUGGAACGAGAAAAGUCUGCACUCAUUCGAGAACUUUUGCUACAAAGAAAUAGAAGUAAAAUUAUGGACAAUUUUACGUAAAACACAAUGAGAUGGAAUCAUAUAACACAGUUCAGCUCAACAUACAAUACAAUUAUUUUCAACUUAAGAUUUAUUUUGUUAAUCAAUAAUCAAUUAUGAAGUCUUGACUUUUAAUAAUUUUUGAAUUCUCUUCAUAGCAUUUUCAAAAAUCAUUACAAUUAAAGUCAUUUCAAAAUCAAUAUUAUGCGAGCGCAUAAAGCUGCUUUCAGACUAGGCUACACUAUAGUGCCACACAGCAUAGCAGCCUAUACUUAGCCAACAAUAUAUAGUACAGUACAGUGGAAACGUGUCCAUAACAAUGUAUGGUGUGCAAUAUUGUUGUGCUAUGAGCUUUAAACUAUAUGCGUAUACCGCAAGUCGCAAAGUUCAUAUGACAACCCGAAGCUAAUAGCCCUAGCCGAUUGUGAUUAUUAUUAUUUAUAGUAUUUCGUACAAUUAGUCGUUUUUGUGUUACUGACAUUUAGUAAUGUUUAAGUAGGUUCACACUCCACACAAUGAUGAAAAUUCAAACGAAUCAGACCUUAAUACAACACAAAAAGACCAUAGAUAAUACACUCAAAUCUCUUAUGUAAAAAAAUGUACUAAUCAAUGUUUACUUAAAAGAUCCACAGUAAAAGAUCUGUCUUAGCCAUAUAUUGUAGGUAGAAACCAGUUUGUUUAUAUUUGUAAUACAUUUGCACACCCUUUUAUUUUAUGGAGGGUGACAGUCUUACGUUAAAUACACAAUUGUGUGCCCAUUGUGGACAGUAAAGUGGUAUUAAAUUGAUAAAUUUUAAUUUAAAAAUAUCUACCAAUUUCUAAAAAAAAAUUAUGUUUGUUCUGAAACAAUUCUUAAUACAUAAUGGAUAAUAGUUUGAUUAAAAUUACUGUUUAAAUAUUUUCAAUGAUAAUUGCUUCUAGAUCUUCCAUUUUAUAGGAUGGUAAUUAGUAUUUACAUAAUAUUCUCUUAAGCAAACUUUUUUAUGGUGUUAGGUAUUUUAAAACACAAAUCAAACAUUUAUUAGUAUUUAUCUUUUAGUCUACUAUGGAAAUUAAGAAAUAUCUAAGAAUUAAUAGACCCAAUAAUUUUCUACCUCCAUUGUAGAAUUUUCUAAACACACUUGAAAAAUGAGAUUUAUUACAUAAUUGAGAUUAAUUUCAGAUCUCAUGGUGCAAUAGCAUUCACUGGUGAUAUCUAUGGAUUCCAAUAACUCCUCAAUACCAGAUGAACCCAAAAUAAUGAGCUUAUCUAGAGCAAAAAAAAAUUAAGUUUUAGAAAGAUAAAAGAUAUGUGCCAUUUAAGGUUUUUUUAAAAUGUUAUUUCAAUACUUUUAUAUUGUAUUUAUGACGCAAUUGUGUGAUAAUAGCCAUAAUAACAUACUUCUAAUGUAUUAAAUUCUUAAUAAAAUAUUUAUUGAUUUGUGAA